GGUCCUUUUGCUGCUCCCUCUGAUACCAGACUCAGGAACUAUUUUGAGGGGCUCCUCGGGUUCUUUUGCUGCUCCCUCCGAGGCCAGUCUGAGGACCUAUUUGGAGGGGCUCCUGGGGUCCUUUUGCGGCUGCCUGGCCUCCCCUUUUGCUGGCAAGGAAAGGCUUCGUGUUUGUGGGUGCCUCCUCCCCCAAAGAAGGGCGCCCAUGACUUAGAGGGCGGCGCCCGCCAUGCGACCCGACGACAUCAACCCGCGGACGGGGCUGGUGGUGGCCCUGGUGAGCGUCUUCCUGGUCUUCGGCUUCAUGUUCACCGUCUCGGGGAUCAAGGGCGAGACGCUGGGCGACAUCCCGCUGCUGGCCAUCGGGCCGGCCAUCUGCCUGCCGGGCAUCGCCGCCAUCGCCUUGGCGCGCAAGACCGACGGCUGCACCAAGUGGCCCGACCAGCAGCAGCAGAGAGGCGGCCCGCCCGGGCACGGAUGCUGCCCAUGCCGGAGAAAGAAAGCCCGCGACAAGGACGCCCUGGAGCUGCUCAGGACCCCUUCGGACCUUGAGUCCGGCCGAGGCAGCUGCGACGAGCUGGCCGUCAAAGCCGCCUCCUCCUCCUCCUCUUCUUUGCCCCAGGACCAGGGCCUGGCGGAGGCGCCCAAAGUGGACCAGGAGGAGAUGCUGCGCUACUUGGAGAACUGCUACCCGGAGAUGCCCGGGAACGUCUUCGUGGCCGAGGGCAGCCCUUUCCGUGCCUUAGAGAAGCCGCGGGAGUCGCCCGUCUUGGAAGCGGGGGCGGCUGCUUCUGCCCCCUUGCCCCCUUCUCCUUCUCCUUCUUCUUCUCCUGCCGCCACCGCGGAUACGGAGGUCAACAUCUUCGUGGCCCCCAGUGACAACAUCAUCGUCUGCUCCUACAAGGAGACCAGCCCUUACGACAGGUACUGUUGCUAUGUCAACCCCAGCGAGGAGAUCUGCUCCGACCACGAGGCGGUCGUCUGAAGGACCUGGAUGCUCCCCACGAGGCACUUGUCCAGCCUGGCCUUCAAGACUUCUUUUAAGACCUCCCUCCUUCCUAUUUUUUGAAAUCUGGCCAUGUCUUUGGAGCUAUGGCCUUUGGGUGCAUCUACACCAGGCAUGGCAUGGGCCAACUUGGGCCCUCCAAGUGUUGUGGACUUCA